AUGGACCACCAUCCGACAAACUGGGGGAGACCACGCGAUGACAGAGUCGACCCGUAUGGCACAUUCCCCAUCCACGCACGCCCUCGUCCAGCAAAGGACGUGUUUGCAGAUGGUGUCCAACGCACACAACAACCAAUUGUCACUGGAACAAGCGUGAUCGGUCUCAAGUAUAGUGGCGGCGUGAUGCUCGCAGCAGACAAUCUAGCAUCGUAUGGAUCUCUCGCGAGGUACAAGGACGUCCAACGUCUGCACCCUGUCGGAACAUCCACUGUCGUCGGAGCUGGAGGUGAUAUGAGCGACUUUCAGCAUCUCCAGCAUAUGCUUGAUAGCCUUGUCACCGAAGAGUUUACUUAUGAUGACGGCAACAAGCUUGGCCCUACGGAGAUAUACGAAUACCUCUCCAGAGUCAUGUACGGCAGAAGAUCCAAGAUGGAUCCGCUGUGGAACGCCCUCGUCGUUGGCGGAGUGAAGCCCAACGGAGAAAGCUUCUUGGGAUAUGUCGAUCUCCUGGGCACCACCUACCAAUCCCCGACAAUUGCCACCGGAUUUGGUGCAUACAUCGCUCAGCCACUCCUUCGCAAUGCUGUCGACGAGCGGCCUGACCCCCUCUCAGAAGAAGAAGCUGUGAAAGUAAUCCAGCAAUGUAUGAAGGCGCUCUUUUACCGUGACGCCAGGAGUUUGAACAAGUACCAAAUCGCAAAGGUCACGAGCGAGGGCGUUACCAUCUCAGAUCCACUCGAGGCACCGACCGUCUGGGGCUUCGCAGAAGGCAUUCGCGGCUAUGGUGCUCAAACUCAAUAA